GUAUGAUUUUAUCUUGAAAUGUAACAGUUCUGACUUUGUACUUCUUAGUUUUUACUUUAUAUUUUUAAAGAUGCCCUUUGUGUCUUAUAAUUUGCACUUUUAUGUUUAAGCUAAUAGUUAAAUUAAUUUCACGUAAAAUAUUUUAUGGUUUUCACCUUUAAAAAAGAACUUUAACUUUAUAAUUGUACUUUCAAAGCAAAAGUUUACUCUCAACAAUAAACCGGCGACAUUAUUGUGUGUUCAUAUCUUUUCUUAAAUCCACAUUUAUUUGACGCACUGCAAGCUUACGCAUCUACGCAGCUGUGAUGCGCACUGGUAAUGUGCGCAGGCGUAUUACGCCGCGGUGUGUCGAUCUGCGGAGCUGUUAGCUGCAAACAGCUAAUAUGUUAGCUCAUCUCACGUACAGCAAACUGUCACGUUUACUGAGAAUGUGUGUGAACAAACCGUCAGUUCUCGGAACCGGUACCGAGAUAAACAGCGGAGUUUCCGGCUGGCUGCAGCUGAAACGCUACCAGCGGUCGGUGGACAGUAACGCCUUACAGGAGCGGCAGAAGCAGCAGAUGGCCAGAGGUCUUCCCAAACAGAAGCCCAUCGCUGGAGUCAAGCAAGUCGUCGUCGUGGCUUCAGGGAAAGGCGGCGUCGGAAAGUCCACCACUGCAGGUCCUAAAGAAGCUUGUUUUGAUCUGGAACGUCUAUUGUCCAAUGAUCCGUCAAAGGCGGUCGGUCUGUUGGACGCUGACGUUUACGGCCCGUCGAUUCCCAAACUGAUGAACCUGAAGGGAAACCCGGAGCUCAGCGACAAUAACCGAAUGAUCCCGCUGACCAACUAUGGCGUUCGCUGCAUGUCCAUGGGCUUCCUGGUGGAGGACGUGGCUCCCAUUGUGUGGAGGGGCCUGAUGGUGAUGUCUGCUAUAGAGAGGCUGCUCCGACAGGUGGACUGGGGCUCGCUGGACUAUCUGGUGGUCGACAUGCCGCCUGGGACCGGAGACGUCCAGCUUUCCAUCACCCAGAACAUCCCCAUAGCUGGUGCGGUCAUCGUGUCGACGCCGCAGGACGUCGCUCUUCUUGACGCUCGCCGAGGAGCCGAGAUGUUCAGGAAAGUGAACGUUCCGGUUCUGGGUUUGGUGCAGAACAUGAGCGUCUUCCAGUGUCCCAACUGCAAUCAUCAGACCCACAUCUUCGGUUCUGAUGGGGCCCGACAGCUCGCUGACACUCUGGAAGUCCAGUUCUUAGGCGACGUUCCUCUGCACCUGAACAUCAGAGAGACCUCGGACAGAGGACAGCCGGUGGUCGUGUCCAGUCCAGACAGCCCCGAGGCGGCGGCGUAUCGAUCGGUGGCGUCUGCAGUCGUCCAGAGACUUCAGGAAGUGACCAGCUGAACUUUGUACAAAAACACAAACUGCUGUCAAGACGCACAAAAAGUAGAAGUAAAAAAACUGCUUAUUUUGAGGAUCACAGUGUUUCUGAACAAAUGUCAUGUUUAAUAAAACUGUCUCAAGCUUUUAAAAGUGCUCAUUAACUUAAUAGAGUGUAUUUGUUGACUGUAUUUAAACUUCAUCACCCAGAGUUCAGUGCAGCAGAAACACAUGAAGACAAUAAAAAUAUUUCUGCUCUCUGCUUGGAGAAAAACUUGUGGAUUUUCCUUUGAAGUUUGGACUAAAGUUGGCACGGUUUGUGUCGUCAUAUUAUACCCAGUGGUUUAACAGAAAAUUAGAUAUAGUCUGUAUGAAAGUCCAGUGACGACUCCUUCUGAUGUGCUUUUGCUGGUUUAGUGGAAACUGAAACCAAUAAAAUCCUCACAAUGUUGGA